UUCUUGCUCAAAUUGGACCAAUGGCAAACGGAUGCUGCUGAAAAUUGAGGUGGAGGGUCAUGCUGGAUUCAAUUUGCCCUUCUUACUUAGGUAGUCAGACGUUCAGGUUGGACAGCUUUGGUGCUUGGUGGAUCUGAUUUCCAGACAAUGAGUUGCAUCUGAUUGCUGUGCCGAUGGAGGAGAAAGAGCUCAAAGCAAUCCGUCCUUGAUCAAGCCCCAGUCUGGGAAGUCUGAAGGACUGUGUUUCUAGGAAAGAGCGUUGCAGGGUGCUCCAGAGUUGUGUUUGCCCAUUGCACAGCACAAGUUUUGGUUUCGCCCUGAGCACGGCGCACCACCAGCGCUCUCUGAAGUUUGCAGAUUGCGGAGCUGCUCUGGUGGGGUAGUCUCAAGUUUUGUCACAGUGGCUCCGGCUGUUUGAUCAGUUGCACAUGGUCUACAACUGCACCCGACGAUGUGGUUGUCGCUUGCAAGUUAGACAGAGGCGUCCUGGUCUUUGCUAAAAGAGACGGCCCUCAAGUAGUCGACAACAUGAGCGAGGGCAAGCAGGGCGAGGGAGGACGCCUUCUUGCACCUAGAAAGUCCUCUGAGAAGGCCCCCGACUCGGAGGUUGUCACCUACUCCAGAAAGAGGAAAGCAGGCGCCGACGAUGCCACAGACAGAAAGCUUGUGAAGAAGGAGGCAGACGAGGAGCCGCGGAAGCCUGAAGAUGAUUGGCCGGUGUCAGCUUACGGGAGCGGCAGGGAGGCAGCAAGGCUGGCGAUGCAGCGUGUGAGGGAGCAAGCGUCGUCCAAGAAGGGUAAGAAGCCUGCAGGGAAGCAGCCCGGGGGGGGCGCUGCGGAUCUGCAAGCGCGUUUCUCUGGAGCCGCUUCGGAAAGCGGUGGAGAGGAUGGCGUCCCGGCCAGAGAGGAGCCUGAGGGGGAUAUUGCUGUGGUUCUGGGGGGCCCUGCUGAGGAGGGGGUGAGCAAAGGGGCGCCAGCUGUGGGGGCAGAACUAGAAGGGGGACGACGAACACGAGCGAGCGUCGCCGCCGUUGCUUUGCAGAGCAAGGGGAAAGCUGGGAAGGGGCAGAAGAAGGUUGAGCAGGAGAAGGCUCAGCCCCCCGGUAAGGACAGAAAGGCGGGUGAGCAGGCGUCGCUCCAGGGGGGCACAGUUGGGCGGGGUCUGUCCCCCCGACUGGCUUUGAAGAGAUGCGAGGAUGCGAAGAGCCCAAAAGCAAGUGGUGGACUCACCCCCACACUUGGAACGAGGCGGGGAGAGGUGGCCGUGGAAGGAGGGAAGCAGACAAAGGUGGAGGAAGACAGGGGCUUUUCUGAGGGGAUUGUCAAGAACGAGAAGGGCCGGCCAGACUCUGCCGAUGAGAAGAGGGAGACGCGCCAGAGGGGCAGGCCCAAGGUGGAAACAGGGGAUGGGGAUGUGGUUUUUGAGAGGGAGAUAGCUACGCCAAGGCAGUCAGCGAAGGGGAAAGCGGUGGAGGGGCUAAGGAUGAGCCCGAGGGGGAAGAAGGAGAGCAAAGCAGUUGCUGUGCAGACCGGCGCUGUGAUUAUGCUUGAGAAAACGAAACCGCAGAAGGUGGAGGGCAAGGAGGAGAUUGUGCUGGAACUGGAGACUCCAGCCGAAACAGGCGGUGCUAGCGGAAGCGGGCUGGAGAAGCCAGACGAUGAGGUGGACGUCACUCGGGGGGCUGAAGAGGCGAGGGAAGCUCUGGAAACGGAGGGCGAUGACAAAGAUGUUGAUCAAGAGAAAGAGAAGGAAGGCGGGAAGGAGGAGCAAGAAGUGGAGGCGGUGGAAAUGCCAGGGUUACCGGAGGCACCUGGAGGCUUAGCAGAGGCGCCGGGGAAGGAACUGGGCCCUGAGCAAACGAAUGAUAGUGAGUUGGGCAUCUCGCAAGGGGACGGGGCAGGGGCCCCUGAAGAUGGGAAAGCAGGUGUCGCAGGGGUCCCUGAGGAAGAGAAAGUAGACGAGGAGAAUGGGCCGGAAGCGAGUGCGCCGGUUGCAGAGACUCCGGAAGAAGUGAAGAGUGCGACUGAAAGCACGGAGGCAUUGGCGACGGGAAGUCCAAGCAUAAGCCAGAUUGUGGCUGAGAAGGAGAGCGCAGCGCAAGAAGGGGAGGGGGAGGGCGCAGGAGACCGGCCCCCGCCUGUGAGGCUGACUCGGCAGCAGCUGCGGGAGCGGAAAGAGUCCGGUGGAGCAGGGUGCGCCAAUCCAAAGGAGGCGAGCAAACAGAGUGAUGCUGCAAAAGAGACGAUAUCGCAAGGCAAGGAGCCUGUCUUGGAGACAGAGUCGAAGGAGCGGGAAGAGGAAGCAGAGGUUAGAGUGGACUCAGGCAGCGGGUUGGCUGGGGUUGUGAAGACGGAAGAGGCGAGCGGAGCGGAAGGGACACCUGCAGAAAAGGGUGGGCAAGGGGUGGAAGCGGAAAAGCUUCUGGAGGCAGCAAAAGAGAAGCUCCCGGUUGACGAGAAGGAAAAGUUGCCGGUUUCGGAGGUGAAGGCCGCUCCUCUGAACCCCGCCACUUGCCCCAUUUGCCUGAGGACGUUUCAAAGUCCCAAAGCUAUGUACGGGCAUCAGCGCACGCACGACACAGGCCAGCGGAGCAGAGUAGAGAACCCCAAAGUUGGAGUGAAGCGGACAGGGGCACCGAUCGCUAAGGCGCCCAAAAAGCCGGCCAAUGAGGGCACGGGGAACAAGAUUGUCGGGAAGGGUGAUUCCGUGGGCAGAGUUGAAGUGAAGAAGGAGGCUGGAGCAGACGUCAAGAAGGUGGCGGAGAGCCCGCCGACCCGAGUGCUCAAGAAGCGGAAAGUGACCGAGGUUGUGGUGGAGAAGAAGCAGCCCGAGAGUGCGCCGACUCAGGUGGCGAAGAAGCCCCAGGGAGUAACCGGGGCUCCAAAAGUCGGGGGUGCAAAGGUUGGGGAUGUGAAGCCUGGGGAUGCGAAGCUUGCGGUUAACCCCGGGGUUAAACCUGGGGUUAAGCCUGGUCUUGCAAAGCUUGGGGAAGCAAAGCCUGGGGUUAAGCCUGGGGUUAAGCCUGGGGUCAAGCCGGGGAUUCAAGUGCUCAAGAAACUGGGGGUUCCGGAGGCCAAGGGCAGCGCAGGAGGUGAGGCCACGUGUCCCAUCUGCCAGAGGACGUUCCACAGCAACAAGGCCAUGUAUGGGCACCAGCGCGCGCACAACAUUUCCGAGGGGGUGUCAGCGGCAGUAAAGACUUCGCCUGCAAAAGCUCCCAAGACGAAGAAACUAAAGAAGGCGACGCUCGGGAAGGCGCCGGAGGGGGCACCGCUGCUGAAGAAGAAAGCGGCGCUCGGAAAGGCGUACGCGAGUGGGCAGUUGAAGAAGCUGGCGGCGGUUCUCCAGAAGCUGAAGAAGGGGCCGGUUGGGAAAGGGUUGGUGAAGCCCAGCGGGACCCCGGCUAAGCUGAAGCCGAAACCGGAGAGCUCCGGGGGCCCCGAGACGCCGGCGUCUCCGGCCACUUGCCCGAUCUGCCUUCGCACUUUCCAGAGCCCGAAGGCAAUGUACGGGCACCAGCGCACGCAUGACUUGGACGAGAGGAGCAGAUUGAGCGGGGUGGGGCUCCCAGCUGUGAAGGUGAAGGAAGGGCUGCCCCUGCGGAAGCUCAAGCCCCCGGGUCUGCUGGGGAAGAAGAAGAAGCUCUCCGCGGUGGCGGUAGCGCCGGGGGGGCUCGUUCGCAAGAAGCCGCUGGGGGCCCCGUCGGGCCCGAGUGUUGCCCUGGCGUGGAACAAGAAAGACGCCGCGCAGAGCGUCUUGCUGGCGCAGAAGAAGAAGCGCAGUGAGCCCGCUCCGGCCUUCAAGCCGACCUUAGUGCAGACAGAAUCUCAGGACGAAGGAGUGGAAGAAGAGGGGGACGGCCGGGCGAGCCUCGACGGAACCGAGAGUCCGGCACACACCCCCGGGAGCAUUCCGACGUGCCCCGUCUGCCAGAGGACGUUCAAGAGCCGGAAAGCGCUGUACGGCCAUCAGCGCACGCACGGCGGGGGGUUCGCGGUGGCCGUGCAAAAGAAGCUCCGCUUGAGUCGCCCUCCCUCGGCCUCCGGCAUGUUCAAGAAGAAGCCGCUCGGCGGGGAGGGGAGCGAAGGCGAACAGUCCCGUUUCGAGACGCUCAGGAGCCGGGUCAGAGGAGAGGGAUCUCUCGCCGAGGGCAGCGAAGCGGGGGCUUCCGAAAGGCGGAGCGGACGGCUCCCCGUUUUCGAGGCCCUGGGGGGUCCAGAGAAUCAGGGAGUGAUCGCCGGACCUCGCACCGUUCCCCACAGCGAACUUAGGGGGGCGAGAAUGCAAGGCCCGAUCUGCCAUCAGGGCCGCCCCCCCCUCCCUCAGGUGCGUACCCUCAUCAGCGCCGAGGAGGCGCUGGCCGAUUCGGGGGGGUACUCGAUCAAGGGCGUGAUGCAGAACCCGACCGCGGGGAGCCUCGUGGGCUCGUGCCUGGAGUGCCGCGGGGGGGUGUUCUCCGAGGGGCGCGCGUGGCUGCGCUGCGGGGGGGGGUGCGGGCGCUACAUCCACCAGAAGUGCACGGCCCGCCCGCGCAUGAAGGGCCCCCCCGGGGAGGGGUACAUCUAUGCGUGCUGGGACUGCAGGGAGUGCCACAGCUGCGGCGUGCGGCUGUUGGACGCGCCCGAGCCGGGGCAGCACAAGGAGCGGCAGUACACGCUGUGCCCGCCGUGCGCGCGGCUGUGGGCCAUGCACAACUACUGCACCGCGUGCGAGAAGGUCUAUCACGACGACUACGUGGGCGAGCCGAUGGUCCAGUGCACCAUCUGCUUCCACUGGUGCCACGCCGCCUGCGAGGGCUACUCCAAAGAUCAGUACGCCGCGCUUGUGGAAGACCCCAACUCCGUCUUCCACUGCUCUCGCUGUCAGUCCGGCGCCCGCAAGCCUGCGCCUCGACCGAUCUCUGAAGCGGAAGCGAUCGCCGAAGCAGCGGCGGAGAAAGCCGCGCAGAUGGGGGGGACCAACAGGCUCGGCCGGCGGACCCCCGGGGCAAGAGCGUCGAUCUUUGACGCGCCGGUAAGAAAGACGGGCAGCAUGCAGCAGCUGUUGACCGAGACGGGCCUGGAGACACGCGAACGGGUCCCCACUCCCAAAGCGAAGGCGAGGCCCAAGUCUGCACCGAAGACCCCCGGCGCGAAUGCGUUCUCGGAGGAUGGAGGAGAUCUGGCGGUCACGAACCGGCCGUUGGGAGCGGGGCUGCUGCGCCCGGGGCUCGUGACCAACAGCCCGAAGCGCGCGCGCAGCAACGCGGCGAUCCGCGCCAGCAAGAAGGCGCGGGUGCGGACCGCGUUUCAGGGGUGGGGAAAGAGCCUGCAGGGGGCCCCCCCGCUGUCGCCCACGACGGGGCUGAUCGCGCCCGAGGAGCGGGACACCAGCCGGACGGGGCGCCGGAUCAAGACGCCUCUGCGCCUCGUAGAAACAGACCCGCUCGAAGGAGGGGAGAACGAUCAGGAAGGGUUCGACGGCGGCGCGGCGGUUGCGUCUACCCCCUCCUGGAAAAAGAAACUUGCGGCGAGCGUCGUUGCGGCGAAGCUGGGCCAACUAGGGAAGGUGGCUGGGAAGCGGAAGCGCGCAGAGGCGGAGGCGGCCGAUGAGGUCAUCGAGGAAGCGGCGCUGAUCGGGUCGCUCGUGCGGAGACUGAACUCCCCGCUGCCCCGCCCGGCAGAUACUCCCUCCAAGCAGGUGGGUUUUGCCGCAGAGGCUACGCAGAAGGCCGACGCGAGCCCGCAGAGGGAUCCCCCCAAGGUCGUGGCGAAGCAGAGGAUCCGCCACGUGUCAGGCGAGGGCCCCUGGUGCGGCGACCGGCGGCACCCCCCUCAGGCCCCGGUGCGCUUCUCCAGCGGUGCGCUCUGCGCUCUCGAGUCGUGCAAAGUGUGCGGGGGGCUCGGGGACCGGGACGAGGACGAGUACCUGUGCUGCGUGGACUGCGGGGAGGCGUACCACAGCUUCUGCCUGGAGCCGCCGCUGAAGCGGAACGAGAAGCUGCGGGAGUUCUGGCGGUGCCCCACGUGCAAGCUAUGCGACGCGUGUGGCCAGAUCGAGGAUCGAGCGUCCAUGAUUCUCUGCUCUCACUGCGACGCUUCCUACCACGAGGGUUGCCUGGACGAGAGGUCAACUCCGAACGAAAAGCAACGCAAGCUUGGCUGGAUCUGCCCUGGCUGCUCGUCGUGCGCGUGCGGGACCACGCUGGGCCUCAAGGCCUCCUCGAUGCGCUGGUUCCCGCGCAGCGACGGUGGCGUGGUGUGCACCAAGUGCCUCCGCCAAAAGUCGCGGGGACACCUGUGCUCAGUGUGUCGGACGUCGUUCGAAGAUGCGGCCGCGAAGGGCAUCAACGAGUGCGCCAAGUGUUUUCUGAAGGUGCACAAAGGCUGCGACCCAAGUCGCCAGACGCCCAAGCCAGGCGCCGCCUACCACUGCCCCUCGUGCCGUAAGUCCGGAACGCCCAAAACCGCGUCUGGUGUCCAACUUCGGUCUACAAAGAAGCGCCUCAAGGGCGCGCCUGGUACCCCCUCCGCCAGACCCAGCCAAGCCGUCGGGGGAUCCCCCUUCCGCGGCAAAGUGCAACCCCCGACGCUGAUUGUGGAGAACCCUGCCGCAGAGGAGGGCACAGCAUCCUUGCAAAUGGACCCGAGCCUGGGGGUCGGGGAGCUGGGCUUGACACCGGGCACAAUGGCCAGGCUGGGGCUUGACUCCGGGUUCGGGACGGCGUCAUUCGCGGAGGAGCAACAGGAGCUGGAAGCGGACUCGGAGCUUGCGAUGCUGUUGAGGACCGGUUCGGACGUCGAUCUUGCGAGCAUCGGUGGGGGUUUGCUGGGUUCGCUCCAGAGUCCCGAAGGACUGGCGUUUCUGCGGACCGGUACGUCGGACGGAGGCGCUUCCGGAAAGGGGGGGGAGCCACAGACGGAAGUUGCGGGAGAGAGCAACGAGCAGGAGGGGGGUCCCGCAAGACCAGGGACUGCCAAGAUGGCGGCGUUCAAAGUACCCCCCCUGAUCGUGAACAGCUUCGUGUCCCCCGGGGCGAGCUCGGGGAGCCCUUUCGGGAUGCUUUUCUCGCAGCGCUCGGACCAAGUUGCGCUGCCCAACUUUCUGCCGGGGCAGCUCGACACGCCGAACGUGGCGGGGUCCGGGCUCUGGAAUAGCCCGCCCGUGGAGGCGCCACCUGGCAGCCAGCUGGACGCAACAGCUGGCGCCGCCGAGGAAGGAAAAAACGGGUUGGGGGGGGCGGACACGCCGCGGGGGGGUGCGCUCUCGGCCGAGGAGAAGCAGCGGGUGCGUGAGCGGCUGAGCCAGCUCGACACCCCGACGCAGGUCCGGUUGCAGCGCUUCCUGGAGGCGGAGAAAGCGAAGCAGGACGCGCAGUGGGCGCAGGUCGAGAACUUCAUGCAGAAGCACAGCCGGCUGCAGGCGGAGCGCGAGAACGCGGCCCUCCGCCCCCCCGCCCUGAGCCCCCCGUUUCGGGGGGGUCCCAGCCCCGGCCCACUCCAGGGGCUGCUCGUGUCCCCCUCCCAGCACGCGUUUCUGCCGUUGACGGCAGAACAGACCUACCUGAGACCGGACGCUUUGGACCACCAUCCGCUGCUCAGCCCGCCGGACCGUCCGGAUUCCCAGGCGCAGGAAACGGCGUUGCCCCCAAGAAGCGGUUCCGGUCCUGAGCCUGCUGGGUACUGGGAGGGCCGGCCCUUUUACCGCGAGCUCGCGCCCCAGAGAAUCCCCUUUCCGGGGGGUUCCGCCAGCCGGCCGAUGGGCCCCCCGUUUGCAGGAAGCGGCCCGCCGGGGCCCCCAUCGCCAGCGGAAACGCACGGGCGCCAGAUUGAGCUCGCGAAGCGAAUGGCGACCAACGCGAACGCUGCGGAGACGUUUUUGAAGAAGCUACCGCCGCAGCUGGCGAAGGAGCUUCAGGACCGUUUUCCCGAGGGGGUUCCCCCGAGCGUGUUGUCGGCAAUCGCGCAACACCUGGUGCGAGUGUCGACCAUGCAGCAGCAGCAAGCCAGCCCGCACGCGCGCCCUCCUCCCCCCCAGGGACCGCUCGGAGCAUCACCCCUGUCGCCAGCCGGCGUCCCUUAUGUCGCCGACAAGAACGCGCUGGCAGCCCUCCAGAUGCCCCCCCCAACAAGCGUUGUGCGCAGUCCACGAAUGGGGGGAGCCCAGCAGAUGAAUGUUUCGGGGGGGGGCAAUGGGUUGCUCCGGGGCCAGGCGCUGAGGAGUAGCCCCACAUUUAUGGCACAGUUCAAAAGGGGGGGUGAAAAGGGCCAGUCGAGAGCGCAGGCGCCCUGGAAUGGGGGGUACGGAGGACAGAUGGAUCCGUCUUCAGCGCUGGCCAGGAUGGCUGCGGCAAAGAGGACGAUGAACCAGAUGCCGAGCCCCCCCACCCUGGAUCGCCCAAUGAGCCAAGGGGGAGCGUCGGGGCUUUCCGUCCCGGGGCCUGGCUCCGCCGAAAGAGUCCUGACCCAGAUGGCGCCCCCGAACGCGCGUCCAUCCCCUCCUCCGAGCGAGCCGCUGACGCCAAUUCAGCUGACCCCGCAGCAAAUGGUCCGCAAGGCUGAGCUGGAGCAGUGGGUGACCCAGAAGUACAACGAGUUGGUCGAGAAUCCCGACAGCGUGCGGCGCCUCGUGCACAUGCACAACUCCGGCACCCUUCCCCCCGACGCCGGACCCCACAUCGCGGUCCUGAAGAAGCUCCUCUCCGACCAGCAAAAGGCGUCCGGAAUCCAGGCCAAAUACACGGCGCUCAUUCUGGCGUGCCAGAAGGAGGCGCUCGCGCACGGCGACCGGAAACGCGCGCAGCUGGCAAUCCGGGGCCUGCAGCAGAAGCAGGAGGAAGAGCGGCGGCGCGCGUCCGCCGAGCAGCAGAAGUUCAUCCGGCACGAGGCGGCGAAAAUGGCGACGGACGUCGUCGAGAAAGAGGCGCGCGCGGCGCGGGGGACGCAGAACAAGGAUUCGUUCCCCGGGGUGUUUUCGGCGUCCCUGUUCCAAGGAGGGGGGGAUCCCUCGGGGGAGUUCCUGGGGGCCGGGCUGCCGAGCCCCGGGCUCUUGGCGAGCCCCGAGAGCUUCUUCGCGUCGGGGGGGUUUGGUAGCGUCGAGAAACUUUCAGGGGGCCACUCCGCGUUGAGGGGGGAGGCGGCCCGGACUGAGAGCCCCGACAUGUUCGGUAACGGGGGGCUGCCAAAGAGUAUACAAAUGUACCCCCGCAGCGUGUCGCCCGUACCGUUGGUCCCCGUUCAGCAGAGCUCCGCUGAGAAUCCGUUUUCCGGGGGGGAUGUGACGCCAGUCGCUUCUGGGGGCCUGCAAUGGGAGUCACGCUUCAACGACAAUCAGCUGGAGCCACUUUCAGGCACUGAGCGUUCGGAAGCAUUUUCAGGCGCCGGGCAACAGUAUGGAGAGGGAAUAGUGCAAGAGAGGGAGAACGAUGUAUUCAACCUGCAAGGGGACCGAAGCUUAAAGAGGAGAAAGGAGGAGAUGAGAGCGGUCGGGGGGAGUGGAGAGGAUGGGCCUGGACCUAAGCGGCUAAGUGAACUGCGUGAUAGCCGUUGCGAGGGCAGCCCGGUGAUCGCCCAACUGGGGAGGAAACCACUCAAGCCGGCAGGCUCGCUUCCACCUCCGGGGAGAAACGCCCCGGGCGCAGGCGACGGCCAAAGUAGUGCAGCCAGAGACGGCCACGUGGCAGCGUUCCAGCCGGAGGAUGUUCGGGUAAAGCAGGCCAGGAGCACAGAGUCGAGCGGUUCUGAUUCGGAGGACGAACCACUGAUUCUGACGGCGUCCAAGAGGGCGCUUGGAGUAGGAAGCGAGCCGCGGUUGGUGAGGGAUCCCUCUAUCGGGAAGAAGGGAGGGCUGCCCGGGGAAAAGGCAAAGAGGAAUCUCGGCGGAUUAUUGUCGGAGAGCGUGGUCGCGGAGGAGGAAAGUCAGCUGCAUAAGGAGGCGGCCAGGUUUGCAGAACAGCCAGCGGUUUCUGAAGCUAAAAAGAAGGGUUCCGAUAGCAGCGCCCAGAAGGACCCUCCCGCGGAAGACGGCAAGAAGGCGAAGCGCCGAAAAGCGAUCGGCGCGUCUGGGGAGCUUCUCCUGCUCGCCCAAACGGCCCGGCAACAGUUGACACAGCUCCUGAAAGCGGAGCGCGAUUCGCAGGACCGCACAAUGGCCGCGCUGUUCGAAAGCGUCGGAGAAAAGCGCAUCGCAGAACUAGAGCGAGAAGCUCGGGAGAAACUUAGAGGGCCCAGCGAGCCGGGUUUAGAAGCGGGUCAGGAAAGUGGGUGCAGCGGGUUGGGCAAAGAGAGGGCGGAUCUCGUGGUGGGCGGAUUCGCCGUGGAGGGGGGGGCGCUGGCCGUGUCUCUGCAGCCCCCUGGGACGGAGGUCGAGUUCCACAACGGGAAGAUCAGUGUGGUCAAGGAAGAAGCCGGCGAGGGGCCAAGCGGGGUUUCGCAACUAGAGGGGGGUGAAGUUUUCGGCCAACCAGGGGGAGCGAAGGGGUCCAGAAAGAGAAAAGCUGCGGAGGGAGGGGAGGAUGGGGAUGGCCCCCGCGCGAAGAAACAGCGGUCGAGUCACCUGCAGAUUCGGCAGGCGGUACGGGCGCAGAUGCCGGGGGAGGAUGGGGCGUCGUCAGGAGAAGACGUGCCGAUCGGUCGAGCUCUGAUGAACAAGGGUGUGGCAGAAAAGCGGCUUGGCUCGAAGAAGAAGCGCCCGUCGCACAAGCGGUCUGCGACACGCACCUCUGAACCCCCCUUCAAAUCGGACCUCCGUCCCUGCACGCUCUGUCGGAAAGGCGCCCACGAGGGUGGCGCCGGACGCUUGCUUUACUGCGGGCCCGCCACGUGGGUCCACAUUAACUGCAUCAUGUGGGCGCAGCACAUCCCGCGGCUGCCAAGUGGCGAGCUCUGGUUCGUCCACUCCGUGCUGCUCCGCGCGUGGAAGCGGCGCUGCUCGAGCUGCGGCGACUUCGGCGCGAGCGUCGCGUGCGGUUCGAACCACUGCGGGGAGCGCUUCCACUUCCCGUGCGCGCUGAAAGCGGGGGCGGCGUUCAUCCAGGGGGGGAGGGUCUACUGCGCGAAGCACGCGACUAGGGAGCGGCUGAAGCGGCUCCCAGUGUUGCAAGGCGACACGCACUUUGCGCGCCUGCGCGCGUUUGUCGAGCCGUGGUGGACGCGGGAGAGGCCGACACGUGGCAGUCGGGAGAGCUCCGAGCAGAGCGGGAAAGCGGGUCAAGAACCGGGUCAGAAAGAUGACCAGGUGACCGAGGUACUCGAGGAGGCGGGUCAAUCCGUGACCGAACAGGAAGCGGGUCAGGAAACGGGUCAAGCUGCUGGGCCCGCACAAGCACAGGUGCGCGCAAACGCUCUCCAGGAAGGCCCCGACUUGCCGGCUGACAGCAGCGAAGCAGUGACAGCUGGUGGCGGUGGAACGCCAGCUGUUCCGAACGGUCUGGACGCCGGACAGCCGAACCCGGAAGCGGACGGUCGGGUGCUGGAUUCGGACGGGCGGGAAGUGAAGAGGGCCCGGUUAGAUGAACCCGGUCAGAGUGUGCCGGCUGCGGAGAUUGGGAGCGGCGAGUUUGACGGGAGACGACCGAUGGAGUUUGAGGACCCACCAGGGGUUUCGGAACCGCAGGCCACUAGCGCAAAGGCCACUGCUAGCGUGGGGCCUGUUCACACCGAAAUUGGACCAGAGCUGAUGCAGGUUGAUUCGCAAACCGAGGGGACUGUGGAUGUCUACAUGCAAGAGGAGAGGCCUAUCGGCGUAGCCCCGACCGACGGCGCUGAUCCCCUUGGGGGGGAUGAGAAGCACGAUAGCGGCCCUGUCUCUGUCCCCCCUGUUGAUAGUGCGAAUGCCCCCCGAAUCCUCGACGUGACUCUGCCAAGAGCGGACUCGCUCAGGUUCGAGUCAAACAGCCCCCGGCGAUCGCCCGGCAGCUUCGCAUCGCCGAUCGCGGGGCUGAGCAUCGUCAAAGGCAAGCGCGCCAAGCGCAGCCGGCUCGAGGACAGCUGGGGCUCGGGACAGCUCCUCCCGGGGGGUGCCCCCCCGGCUAGAAACUUCCCCCCCCGGGAAGAAGACGACCCGGAGGUGCCCCCCGGGGAAGGCCCGGGCCUGGUUCAGUUCCUGCGGGUGGGGGCGCUUUCCGUGGAGAGCUUGGGCGAGCUCGUGCAUGACCAACGGGGGUUCCACUCGCUAACCCAGCUUUUCCCGGUCGGGUUUCGGGCGUGGCGCGUGCACUGGAGCACGCAGCGCCCGAACCAGCGGUGCCUGUACCUGCUGGAGAUAGUGCGGACAGCAUAUGGGCCGCUAUUCCGGAUCACGGCCUGGGGAGAGGUCGGCCGACGGAGGGAGCCCGAGGGGGCGGCGCCGGUCAACCCGCCGAUGCAUCCGAUCACGGCCUCGAGCCUCGACGAAGCGUGGGCCAACCUGGACGACCGCAUCUGGGCCAUGCGCCGCAGCAACGGGGUCGCCUGGAAGCGCCACCGCCGCUUCUGGGGGGCUGCCCACAGCAGGGGUUUGAGCCCCCUGUCCCCGCGAGCCGCCCACAUGUCGCCCAAACCCCUGAGCCCCCACUUUCAGCACCAAGACCAAGGCCCCGCAGCCUGCGGCGCUUGCUGCGGUGCGUGGCUGUUCGGGCUGCACGUGUGGGACGUGUGCAAGCGCCUGGAAUUUCUGCCCCGGGCGGAGGAGUGCCCCCGGUACAAGUUCCGGCACAGGGAGGAGCUGGUCGGGAGGAACUUGAAGCUCGCGGAAUGUGCACGCACGGCGGAGCCGUGGAUCCGGCACCUGGUGGAGCGCACCGAGGAUGACAUGGCGGCGCGCGUGGCGGCCGUCAAGGCCGCGCAGCGCCGGACGACCACUGCUUUCCAACAUGUCGUCAUGGACGACCCCGCCAAGGGUGCCUCGACGAGCCACAAGGCGGACGCGAUCGUGCACAUGCCGGCGGCGAUGCAGUACCGCUCGAUGCGCGAGAACCUCAAGGCGCGCGUGCGCGUGGGCGCGAGCGAGAUCCACGGGAAGGGCCUCUUCGCCAAGACCAUGAUCAUGCACCGCGAGAUGGUCAUCGAGUACGUGGGGGAACUCAUCCGGCCAAAGAUCUCCGACAUGCGCGAGAAGCAGUACCGCGCGCAGAAGAUGGGGUGCUACUUCUUCGGCUUCCCGCCCAGCAAGCAGGACCACCUGGAGGACCUCGUCGUGGACGCGACGCGCCGGGGCAACGCCGCGCGCAACAUCAACCACUCGUGCGGCCACAACUGCGUGACCAAGGCGGUCGUCAUCAACGGCGUUCGCCACCUCAUCGUCUUUGCCAUACGCACCAUCAUGCCUGGCGAGGAGAUCACGAUCAACUACUGCUUCCGGAGUGACCCAACGGAAGAAAAGGUUCCCUGCUUGUGCGGGUCGGUGAAGUGCAAGGGCUUCCUAAACUAG